UGCCCGCGGAUCAACAUCACCACCGCAUCUGCUUCUCUGCCUCCCUCUUUACCCGACGCCAAUCUCCUCCUCGAAUCCUCCAUCCCUCUCCCCGCCGAUCAGCCCGCUCGCCGGGCCUCCUCCGCCGCAACCUCGCCGCAGGCAACCCCCCACGGCUUCCCUCCGGCCACCCACCAUCACACCCCCGCGUCUCCAUCCAGUACGCGCCCGGGCAACGGCUCUUCCCAGCGGCGCAACCGGCACCGGCACCGCCGAUCUCGGGUUUCGUCAACAUUGAUAACUGAUAAGUAUAAUGUAGAGAAGUAUUGGAGGAGUCAUGCCAUCUAGCGACAAGCAAUUAGCAUUCUCGGUGAAAACAGCAGCAUCGCGUGAGCUGCUAAACAAAGGUACAAACAUCAUAAAUAUGUCUCAAGGCACUUCUCUGCCGCCAAAGGAUAAAGGUGCUGCUGAAGAACCUUUAAAGGCUGUGGGCACAAAACGGCUGCAUACUGAUGCUCCUUCAAGCCCUGUUUAUCAUAAUGUUUAUGUGCGGCGAAAGGUGGAAACUGAACAUAAUAAAGUGAACUCGUCUCUGGAGAUGAAGGUUAUUGGCAAGGACAAAACAAAGCAGCAGGAGGAACAGCGAAAUGUGGAAACUGAACAUAGCAAAGUGAGUUGCUCUCAAGAGUUGAAGGGUAGUCGAAGUGAGAUAACAAAAGAGCAGGGGAUACAGAGAAUGGAAACGGAACAUAGUAAAGUGAACCCUUCUCAGGAGUUGAAGGGUAGUGGAAGCGAGAAAACAAAGGAGCAGGAGGAACGGAAAGUGAAAACUGAACAUAGUAAAGUGAACCCUUCUCAAGAGAUGAAGGGUAGUGGAAGUGAGAAAACAAAAGGGCAGGAAAUACAGAAAAUGGAAACUGAACAUAGUAGAGUGAACCCUUCGCAAGAGUUGAAGGGUAGUGGAAGCAAGAAAACAGAGGAGCAGGAGGAACAGAAAGUGAAAACUGAACAUAGUAAAGUGAGCUCUUCUAAAGAGUUGAAGGGUAAUGUAGGAGAAAAAAUAGAAGAGCAAGAGGAUCAGCAACUGGUGCAAUGUGAUCAAGUCAGUAAGCCAGAAGUGGCACCUCCUAUUGCUGAAUCUGGAAUAAAAGAGCAGGAUGAACAGCAAACGGUGCAAGUGAAUAAGCCAGAAGUGGCACCUCCUAUUGCUGAAUCUGGAAUAAAAGAGCAGGAUGAACAGCAAACGGUGCAAGUGAAUAAGUCAGAAGUGGCACCUCUUAUUUCUGAAUCUGGAAUAAAAGAGCAGGAUGAACAGAAGACGGUGUGGCACCUCCUAUUUCUGAAUCUGGAAUUAAAGAGCAGGAUGAACAGGAAACGGUGCAACAUGAUCAGGUGAAUAAGCCAGAAUUGGCACCUCCUAUUGCUGAAUCUGGGACAAAAGGGCUGGAUGAGCAGCAAACGGUGCAACAUGAUCAGGUCAAGAAGUCAGAAAUGGCACAUAUUCCUGAACCUGGAAUAAAAGGUCAGGAUGAACAGCAAAUGGUGCAACAUGAUCAGGUCGAUAAGCCAGAAAUGGCACCUCCUAUUGCUGAAACCGGAAUAAAAGAGCAGGAGGAACAGCAAACUGUACAACAUGGUCAGAUCAAUAAGCCAGAAGUGGCACCUCCUAUCUCUGAACCUUGCAUAGAAGAGCAGGAGAAACGGCAAAUGGUACAACCAGAUCAAGUCAAUAAGCCAGAAGUGGCACCUCCUGUUGCUGAACCUAGGAUAACAGAGCAGGAGGAACUGCAAAUGGUACAACAUGAUCAGGUCAAUAAGCCAGAAGUGGCACCUCCUGUUGCUGAACCUAUGAUAACAGAACAGGAGGAACCGCAAAUGGUACAACAUGAUCAGGUCAAUAAGCCAGAAGUGGCACCUACUAUUGCUGAAUCUGCAGGUCUAGUCUCAUCUGAAAUGACUGAAUCUGGAGGGCUAGAGCCAUCUAAAUCUCCCGAAGAAACACAUGCAGAAACUGUACCAAAGAUAAAUGAGCUGCCGAUUGCUUCUGCUAACGAGCCACCUAUCGCUCCUAGUACCACCGUUCAAGGUGAUAUCCGUAGAUCAGGCAACCAAAAUCCUUACUGGAGUGAGAGAUAUGAUCGAUUACAGACAUAUUUGGAGAACUGUGAUCGGUCACCCCAGGAGGGUUAUAUGCGAAUGCUUAGGUCACUCUCAGCAGCCGGUCGAAGCAUGCAUGCGAUUGAGCUGGAGAAAAGGGCAAUACACCUCCUAGUGGAGGAAGGUAAAGAGCUGCAACGGAUGAAGGCUUUGAAUGUUUUGGGGAAAGUUUCUCCAAACGGUCCUUCGAAGCAGGAUCCCUUGCAGCGGUCGUGCCAGAAGUGAGAUGGUUGAAGAUAUCUCUGUAGAGCCAAAAAUAUAUGCAUCAUGUAUACAUUGCAGAAAGGACAUGUUCUGCUUAGAACUUUUCUUUUCGUUUUUUUUUUCCUUUUCCUUUCGUUUUUACCUAUACUCGGUGCUGUGCCGUGGGUAUGUUGUUAUAUGGUGUAAUUAAAAGAGCAACUUGUUUGGAUAAACCUGUCAGGCUUAAUGGCCAAGCCUAGUAACUGUUUA